CACCGUUCUGCAUCACCCCGUUUCGCGCGCCGGCUGCUUCCCCAUGCACAUCGCUUGGUGCACGACUUUGUUCAUUCUCGAUCUCGCAAAUGUAGCUGGUGCUCUGAGGUCCGGCAAGUGGUGUCCCCGCGCUUGCGACCUUGCUCUCAACUAUGCGACCUUCAACGACACAGAUCCGUGGCUUUCCCGCAAAGUCCGUCAAUGCCGAAGCGACUUCAGGAUCACUUCACUGUAUCUAUGCUUCGAUGAUUUCUGCAAUCUGAAUGACGGGGAAGUACCAAAGUUCAUUGCAGAGAAUAGCGAGUGGUGCGACGAACAUGCGGGUGUAACGUUGCCUCCAUUCCACGAUGUUGUCGAUCAUUGGAGUCCCAAGGACAGGGCACAACUGCCGAAGUAUAGUGCAGAGAAGGCUGUUACCCGGCCGAUUCUGAACACGGCCGUACUUCCUGAGACCGAUUUCCUUGAGAGAGCUUUUACGACUCUGGAUGCUGCGUUCUUCGAAUACGACCUCCACCUUGUUUACGGAUGGUACAUGUAUUACUUCUGGAUCGUCGUUAUAUCGUUCGGUGUAGGGACCCGCCUUCUGGCUUUGAUCACCAACAUCAGAAGCCGAGAGUAUCAAGCUGUGGCCAGCGAUGAUUUCGAUCGCCCAAAGGACCACCGUAGCGCCUUGAGCCUACCGCACUCUUGGCUCAAACGCCACAUCACCGUACCUGCUGCGUUUGGCGACCGCUGCUCACGGCCCUUUGGAUGGUGCACAAUACCGCCUCGUGCUCAAACACUGACAAUCGCUACAUUCAUCAUCCUCAACACCAUUCUUUGUUGUGCAGACUACCGACUCACGGAAGGCAACCUGUACUGGCCAAAAAAAUCGGAUCAGGCACUGCGUUAUGUCUCUGAUCGGACUGGAAUCAUCUCGCUCGCCAACUUCCCGCUGGUCUGGCUUUUUGGCAUGCGAAAUGAUGUGCUCAUGUGGCUGACCGGCUGGGGAUUCGGUACCUACAACGCCUUUCACAGGUGGGCAGCUCGAGUAGCAACCUUGCAAGCCAUUGUACACAGCCUUGGAUAUACUCUGAUGAUAUGGAACAGUGGUGGUUUAACACAUUUUCUGGCGUACUGGAAGAAACACUACUUCUGGAAUGGCGAGCUGGCUACCAUUGCUAUGUCCCUUCUUGUUGGCUUCUCCUUCUACGGGAUCCGGCGAGCGCAUUACGAGAUUUUUCUCGUCACCCAUAUUGCAUUAUCCAUUGCAGCGCUUUGGUCAAUGUACUACCAUGUCGAGAUCUUCACCAAUGGCGAAUGGAACAUCUUCAUCUGGCCAUGUCUUAUCAUCUGGAUCUUCGACCGCAUGCUGCGCGGUCUUCGCAUUUUGGCAUUCGACUGGAGGUUCUGGAACACCAAGGCUAUCGUCAGGUACGAUCCGAUAUCGAACUUGGUGCGUAUGGAUGUACCAAUGCUGCGGAGCAAGAUUGCACCGGAGCCUGGCACAUACUAUUACAUAUAUGUGCUGAACGACCCACUCUAUGUACAUCAGAACCACCCAUUCACAUUGGCCUACGUCACCUCGCAGGAAGAGAACAAGCACAUUCCGCUCUCACUAGUUUCUUCGAGACCUUCCACUAAUCGCACAAACUCAGCUUCAUCCUCAGAGUCUGACGCGCUGCUUGCGCCAAAGCGUGCAGGAACUCUAGGACCAUCGAUGGUGUAUCUGAUACGACCUUACGACGGCUUCACAUCACGCCUCAAGGAGCACUGUCUUACACGGCCGAAGACACUGCGUGUCAAUAUCGAGGGACCAUACGGGCACAGUGUGUCUCUGCGCAAAUACUCGAACGUUCUGUUCAUGGUGGGUGGAACUGGUAUCGCGGUGCCACUGUCACAUCUCGCCCACAUACUCAGCUCCCAAUCCACCGUGCAAAAUGUGAAAAUUGUAUGGGCAGUAAGAGAGCACGCGUUCCUCACGUCCAUGAUGCAUGAAUUCAAGACAUUGCUCGGCGAUGAGCGGUGCACCCUGGAAGUGCAUGUUACUCAAGACACCGAGCACAAGGACGAUAUCCCUGGUCAAACGCCACACGGUGUGUCAAUACUCAGCGGCAGGCCGAAUGUAUACUUGUCAGUCGAGGAAGCUGCCGAAGGCGCCGGUCAGCAAUCUCUUGCUGUUGUCGCUUGUGGUCCCGCAAGAAUGGCAGACGAAGCUAGGAAAGCUAGUGUACAGAUGCUUGCGGAUGGCUAUACUGGCGUUGAAUACUUUGAAGAGUCUUUCAAGUGGUAGAGCGGUAGACUGGUUCGCAUAU